UCUCCCGUAAGAUAAGAACGAAAGGCAAACAAUAAUAGGGGCGACAAAAGAAAUUUCACCAUUCAAUUGUUAUCUCGUUGUGUCUAUAUUUAUCGGGAACAGAAUGUCGCAGAAUCGUUGUUUUAUAACAUCGAUCGUUAAUGGUCAGCCUAAAUCGUGCCCCACUUGUGUAAACAUAAAUAUUCCUAUCAUAUCGGGAAGCAAACGAACGUGCAGCGGAAAAAGUAAUGAUGCGAAAAAUCCGUUAGUUGGUUUUUGGCAUAGUGAAGAGUACCAAGCGGAUCAGAAGGAAUUUAUAACAAUGGAAUCAACAGAUACUACUCACCUUCCCUGCCGUGCAUCGACGUACGAGGCUAUACAAAUCGAUGGAUCUAACGAAAAAUUACAAGACACAGGAUCAGCAAGCGAUAAUUUUAGAUACCACCGAAUCGAUCCAAUGUGUAUGAAUAUUCGUUUGUGUAUAUUUUGGUUUUUAUGGGCAUUGUUGAUAGUAAUGAUUAUUUUAUCUAUUUUAUUUCACUGCUGUUUUGCAUGGAAACCAUGCUACGAUGCUACUAUAAAUAUAACAGAUACAUAAAUUUUCCAGACACCAACAUAAUACGAACAACGUGUUCAGGAUCUCUAAUCGGAUGUUACUGAAUAAGUCAAUAAAUAAAAAAUCGAUGUGUCCAUAAAGAUAGUAUAUUUUUCGUGCUAUCAUCAAAAUAUAAGAUAAUCGUUUAAUUCCUUGCUUACGUUAACAAAGCGUUAAGCAGAAGGAUACAGAUCAAAAUACUUCUAAAACCUUUAAAUGUUAAAUAUGAGAAAUGUUAAGAAAAUCAUGUAUACAGUACUAUUUAUCAUUCUUAUAUAUGAAUAUAUAGAAAACUUUAUAUAUUAUUUACAUCUGAAAAUAUUUUCUAAAUAUUUUUCGAUUAUAAUAUUAAAGUAUCUAAUAAAUUUGUUUGUUAUACAAAAGGUGUAAAUAAUCAACGAAAUAUCUUUCGCGCUAUUUCUCAACCCAAGUAUUCUAUUCGUCGUUGAAACAUCCGAUCGAAAGGG